AUGGGGCUAAGGAGCAUGGGACAACAUGGGGCUAAGGAGCAUGGGACAACAUGGGGCAUGGGACAACAUGGGGCGGGGCUACACUACAUGUACAGGGAGAGGCAUGCGGGGAAGGAGAGAGGAGUGAUGGGAGCAGCGGGGAAGGAGAGAGGAGUGAUGGGAGCAGCGGGGAAGGAGAGAGGAGUGAUGGGAGCAGCGGGGAAGGAGAGAGGAGUGAUGGGAGCAGCGGGGAAGGAGAGAGGAGUGAUGGGAGCAGCGGGGAAGGAGAGAGGAGUGAUGGGAGCAGCGGGGAAGGAGAGAGGAGUGAUGGGAGCAGCGGGGAAGGAGAGAGGAGUGAUGGGAGCAGCGGGGAAGGAGAGAGGAGUGAUGGGAGCAGCGGAGAAGGAGAGAGGAGUGAUGGGAGCAGCGGGGAAGGAGAGAGGAGUGAUGGGAGCAGCGGGGAAGGAGAGAGGAGUGAUGGGAGCAGCGGGGAAGGAGAGAGGAGUGAUGGGAGCAGCGGGGAAGGAGAGAGGAGUGAUGGGAGCAGCGGGGAAGGAGAGAGGAGUGAUGGGAGCAGCGGGGAAGGAGAGAGGAGUGAUGGGAGCAGCGGGGAAGGAGAGAGGAGUGAUGGGAGCAGCGGGGAAGGAGAGAGGAGUGAUGGGAGCAGUGGGGGAUGCAGUGACGGAAAGAGCGGCACUUGUGCAGCAGCGCAGCAGUGCACCACACACACGCACAGGUUGCAAGACAGACACGGGAGUGGUGGUGAGACACACGGGAGUGGUGGUGAGACACACGGGAGUGGUGGUGAGACACACGGGAGUGGUGGUGAGACACACGGGAGUGGUGGUGAGACACACGGGAGUGGUGGUGAGACACACGGGAGUGGUGGUGAGACACACGGGAGUGGUGGUGAGACACAAGGGAGUGGUGGUGAGACACACGGGAGUGGUGGUGAGACACACGGGAGUGGUGGUGAGACACACGGGAGUGGUGGUGAGAAACACAGAGGGUUGGUAA